UCUAAAAAAGGCCAAAUACACUUGCUUGAAUAAACAAAAUCGUACAGCGAUAAUUGAUGUUUAGUUUAAGUUCAGCAAUAAUCAUGAACGCGGGUCAAAUUCUUGGUCAAUUGGCAGCAAAAUAUCAUUAUGUGGGAACACGCAUAGAAGGAAAAUGGAAUGAUUUUUUGGAUGUUAUUGGUGAUGAUCCUCAAACUGUGUGGGUUUUUGGUACCACUGCAGUUUUUAUGUUGGUCUAUUGGCUAAACGCUAGCUGGUACACAUUUAUGGAUAUAACAAAUCGUCCCAAAUUUGUUCGCAAAUAUAAAAUUCAACCAGGAAAAAAUGAGCCAGUUGAAAUGAAGAAAUUGUUCGAAGGCAUAUUAAAUGUGCUAAUGAAUCAAACAAUUGUGGGCAUACCCAUGUACUUUGUACUGUAUCACACGCUUUUUAAGGUACGCUGUAGCGAAGGGCCCAUACGUGAAUUGCCAACAUUACAAAAGAUUCUCUUUGACAUUGUCGUAGUUUCGAUUAUGGAAGAGUUUAACUUUUACUACAUACAUCGACUGAUGCAUCAUAAGGCGAUUUAUAAAUAUGUUCAUAAGAAACAUCAUGAAUGGACUGCGCCCAUAGCGGCCAUUACAUUCUACUGUCAUCCUUUGGAGCAUAUCUUUUUAAAUCUAAUACCUGUAUCGCUUUCAUUUGCCCUGGUGCGAUCGCAUGUUUUUACCGUUUGGCUAUUCCUAACAUUGGCCAUUCUGAAUUCAAUGGCUGAUCAUGCGGGUUACUCGUUUCCACGUUCGGGUGCUUCGAUACGUUAUCAUGAUUACCAUCAUUCCAAAUUUAACUACAAUUACGGCAUGUUCGGAUGGUUGGAUAAACUGCAUGGCACUUACAAGGAGACCAAAGUUGAACUUAAAACAACCGAGAAAUCUAAGGACAAACAAGCAAAAUCAAUUGGAAAAAAUCUAAAUAAG